AUGGCCCUCUACUGCGGCGACAACUUUGCUGUGUACUCGCAGCCCGGCCUGUCCCCGUCGGCCGCCGCCGCCGCCCCGGGCGCCCCCCCGACCGCCAGGGCGCCCUACGGACUGGCCGACUACGCCGCGCCGCCGGCCGCCGCCGCCAACCCCUACCUGUGGCUCAACGGGCCCGGCGUGGGCGGCCCGGCCCCCGCCGCCGCCUACCUGGGCGCCCCGCCGCCGCCGCCACCCCCCGGGGCCGCGGCCGGGCCCUUCCUGCAGCCGCCGCCCGCCGCCGGCACCUUCGGCUGCUCGCAGCGGCCCUUCGCGCAGCCCGCGCCCGCCGCGCCCGCCUCGCCCGCCGGGCCCGCGGCUCCCGGCGAGCUGGGCUGGCUGUCCAUGGCCAGCCGCGAGGACCUGAUGAAGAUGGUGCGGCCGCCCUACUCGUACUCGGCGCUCAUCGCCAUGGCCAUCCAGAGCGCGCCCGAGCGCAAGCUCACGCUCAGCCACAUCUACCAGUUCGUCGCCGACAGCUUCCCCUUCUACCAGCGCAGCAAGGCCGGCUGGCAGAACUCCAUCCGCCACAACCUGUCGCUCAACGACUGCUUCAAGAAGGUGCCCCGCGACGAGGACGACCCAGGGAAAGGUAAUUACUGGACUCUGGAUCCAAACUGUGAGAAAAUGUUUGACAAUGGGAACUUCCGUCGGAAGAGAAAGCGCCGCUCUGAGGCCAGCAGCAGCUCCACAGUGGCUGCAGGGACAUCAAAGUCGGAAGAAGGGCUGUCCUCAGGAUUAGGGUCUGGAGUGGGUGGGAAGCCAGAAGGAGACAGCCCCUCCUUGCUGAGGCCUGCCCAGUCCCCAGAGCCUCCUGAGGGCACCAAGAGUACUGCCUCAUCUCCUGGAGGAUCCGUGCUCACCUCGGCCCCUUGCCUCAACACUUUCUUCAGCAGCCUCAGCACCUUAAAUGUCAGCAGCAGUGGGAGCACCCAGCGAGCUCUCCCUGGCAGCCGCCACCUAGGGAUCCAGGGGACCCAGCUGCCCUCCAGCACAUUCCCCCCCAGCUCCAUCUCAGAGGCCUCACCAGACACCUUGCAGCUGAGUAACAGCAGCGGCAAUAGCAGCAGCCAGAGAUCUUCCUAUUACAGCCCUUUCCCUGCCACCACCAGUGGGGGCCAAGGCAGCCCCUUCAGUAGCCCUUUCUACAACUUCAGCAUGGUCAACAGCCUCAUUUAUCCCCGGGAGGGCUCUGAGGUGUAG